AACAUCAUCCGGAAGGUCAACGGGCAGAAGUUCGUCUAUAAAUUCGUCUCGUACCCGGAGCCAGCCGGCGCGGAGGGGGCCCGGGAGGAAGGGAUGCUCCGGCGGGUGGAGCCAGCCCUGGCCGAGUCCCGGCUGGGGGAGGGGAGCUCCGGGCCCCCCAAGUCCCUGCGUGGGGGGAGCGUCCCCCGGAGUAGCCGUAACGAGUACAUGCGCUCGGGUCUGUACUCCACUUUCACCAUUCAGUCGCUGCAGGCGGCCCCCCCAGGGCGAGCGCCCCGCCAGGACCCCCCAGCCCUCUGCAGCGAGCCCCCGGACCCCCCCGACCUGGACCCCGGGAAGAUGGAGGAGAUUCCCCAGCUGGAGAUCAGCAUCGAAGAAGCAGACGAUAGCGAACCACUGCAGGUCUUUGUGGCGCCAGAGCCCCUGGAUGCAGAGUGCCCCCCCCCAGAGGCGACGCCUCCGCGGGACCCCGGGCUGCGGCCGGUGGUGGUGAAAGUGGAGGCGGAGGGGGAGACGGAGGGGUCCCCGCUCCUGGUUCUGAUCGACUCGGGGGUGAAGCAGGAAGCGCCGCCUGCCGAAGAGGCCCCCAGGGGGACGGAGGCGGAGCUCCUGGCGGGGGAGGGGCCUCAGGAGGAGAAGGGGGAGGAGGUGCCUGGGGGGGCCCCCAGCGAGGGGCACGGCCCGAAGGGGCGGAAGCCCAAGGACCUGGCGCUGCCCUCCCUGCCCGGGCAGGAGAAGAUCAGCGCCGCCGGCGGCGCCCUGCUGGCGCCCGGCGGGGGAGCGGGCAGCGGGCUGACGCCGACCACCGUGAUCUCUACGCACGCACUAACCCCCGUCCUGCUGACCCCCAGCUCCCUGCCACCCACCAUCCACUUCUGGAGCACCCUGAGCCCCAUCGCCCCACACAGCCCCGCCAAGCUCUCCUUCCAG